AUGAGCGUGGAGGCGUACGGGCCGAGCUCGCAGACCCUAACCUUCCUGGACACCGAGGAAGCGGAGCUACUUGGAGCCGACACCCAGGGCUCGGAGUUCGAGUUCACCGACUUCACCCUGCCGAGCCAAACGCAGACCCAGGGCCAGACGCAGAGCCAGCUCGAUGGCCAGGUGAAUGGUCCGGACGGGAUCUUGCAGAAUGGUGGGGUGGACGACCCUGUGGCCAAGACCAGCCAGCUACUGGCCGAGUUGAACUUCGAGGAGGAUGAGGAGGACACUUACUACACCAAAGACCUCCCAGUGCAUGCCUGCAGCUAUUGUGGGAUCCAUGACCCUGCAUGUGUGGUCUACUGUAACACCAGUAAGAAGUGGUUCUGCAAUGGACGUGGGAAUACAUCCGGCAGCCACAUCGUGAACCAUUUGGUCCGAGCCAAAUGCAAAGAGGUGACGCUGCACAAGGACGGCCCACUGGGGGAGACGGUGCUGGAGUGCUACAACUGUGGCUGCCGGAACGUCUUCCUGCUGGGCUUCAUCCCGGCCAAGGCCGACUCGGUGGUGGUGCUUCUCUGCAGGCAGCCUUGUGCCAGCCAGAGCAGCCUAAAGGACAUCAACUGGGACAGCUCCCAGUGGCAGCCGCUGAUCCAGGACCGCUGCUUCCUGUCAUGGCUGGUGAAGAUCCCCUCCGAGCAGGAACAGCUGCGUGCCCGGCAGAUCACAGCUCAGCAGAUCAACAAGUUGGAGGAGCUGUGGAAGGAAAACCCCACAGCCACCUUGGAGGACCUGGAGAAGCCUGGCGUGGACGAGGAGCCGCAGCACGUGCUGCUGCGCUAUGAAGAUGCCUACCAGUACCAGAACAUUUUUGGGCCUCUUGUCAAGCUCGAGGCUGACUAUGACAAAAAGCUGAAAGAGUCUCAGACUCAAGACAACAUAACGGUCCGUUGGGACCUCGGUUUGAAUAAAAAGCGCAUUGCUUAUUUCACGCUUCCCAAGACGGAUUCAGAUAUGCGUCUGAUGCAGGGAGAUGAGAUCUGCCUGCGGUACAAAGGAGACUUGGCCCCCCUCUGGAAGGGCAUUGGGCAUGUCAUUAAAGUCCCAGACAACUACGGAGAUGAGAUUGCCAUCGAGUUGCGGAGCAGCGUCGGUGCCCCCGUGGAAGUACCACACAAUUUCCAGGUGGAUUUUGUGUGGAAGUCCACAUCCUUUGACAGAAUGCAGAGUGCAUUGAAGACCUUCGCGGUGGACGAGACCUCUGUCUCAGGGUAUAUCUACCACAAGCUCUUGGGACACGAGGUGGAGGAUGUCAUCAUUAAGUGUCAGCUCCCCAAGCGCUUCACUGCCCAGGGCCUGCCUGACCUCAACCACUCGCAGGUAUAUGCUGUGAAGACUGUUCUGCAGCGGCCUCUCAGCCUCAUCCAGGGUCCCCCUGGCACCGGGAAGACAGUGACCUCCGCCACCAUCGUCUACCACCUGGCCAGACAGGGCAAUGGGCCCGUGUUGGUCUGCGCUCCCAGCAACAUCGCCGUUGACCAGCUGACCGAGAAGAUCCACCAGACAGGCCUGAAAGUGGUGAGGCUCUGCGCUAAGAGCCGGGAGGCCAUCGACUCGCCAGUGUCCUUCCUGGCCCUGCAUAACCAGAUCCGCAACAUGGACAGCAUGCCGGAGCUUCAGAAACUCCAGCAGUUGAAGGACGAGACCGGGGAACUUUCCUCUGCGGACGAGAAGCGGUAUCGGGCGCUGAAGCGCACAGCCGAGCGGGAGUUACUCAUGAAUGCGGAUGUUAUCUGCUGCACAUGCGUGGGAGCCGGCGACCCGCGUCUGGCCAAGAUGCAGUUCCGCUCCAUCCUGAUUGACGAGAGCACCCAGGCUACGGAGCCCGAGUGCAUGGUGCCAGUGGUGCUGGGGGCCAAGCAGCUCAUCCUCGUGGGAGACCACUGUCAGCUGGGGCCGGUGGUCAUGUGUAAGAAGGCGGCCAAAGCUGGGCUCUCCCAGUCCCUCUUUGAGCGCCUGGUGGUCUUGGGGAUCCGGCCCAUCCGCCUGCAGGUGCAGUACCGCAUGCACCCAGCUCUCAGCGCAUUCCCCUCCAACAUCUUCUACGAAGGUUCCCUGCAAAACGGGGUCACUGCGGCUGAUCGUGUCAAGAAAGGGUUUGACUUCCAGUGGCCCCAGCCGGACAAGCCCAUGUUUUUCUACGUGACCCAAGGGCAGGAGGAAAUCGCCAGCUCGGGAACUUCCUACCUGAACAGGACUGAAGCUGCCAACGUGGAGAAGAUCACCACCAAGCUGCUGAAGGCUGGGGCUAAACCCGACCAGAUCGGCAUCAUCACGCCCUACGAGGGCCAGCGCUCCUACCUGGUGCAGUACAUGCAGUUCAGUGGCUCUCUGCACACCAAGCUGUACCAGGAAGUGGAAAUUGCUAGCGUUGAUGCCUUCCAAGGCAGAGAGAAAGACUUCAUCAUCCUGUCCUGCGUCAGAGCCAAUGAGCACCAGGGAAUUGGGUUUCUGAAUGACCCUCGGCGCCUGAACGUGGCUCUCACCAGGGCCAGAUACGGCGUGAUUAUCGUGGGGAACCCCAAAGCCCUGUCCAAGCAGCCGCUGUGGAACCACCUGCUGAACUACUACAAAGAGCAAAAGGUGCUGGUAGAGGGUCCUCUCAAUAACCUGCGUGAGAGCCUCAUGCAGUUCAGUAAGCCCCGCAAGCUGGUCAACACCAUCAACCCGGGUGCCCGUUUCAUGAGCACCGCCAUGUAUGACGCCAGAGAAGCUCUCAUCCCUGGCUCUGUCUACGACCGCAGCAGCACCGGCCGUCCGUCGAACAUGUACUUCCAAACCCAUGACCAGAUCGGCAUGAUCGGAGCAGGCCCCAGCCCUGUGGCUGCCAUGAACAUCCCCAUUCCGUUCAACCUGGUCAUGCCUCCAAUGCCCCCACCAGGGUACAUGGGCCAAGGGAAUGGGCCUUCCGCAGGUGAGAGAGCACAGGUCGUAGGUAGGGGGGCACCUAUGCUGGUAUCGGGGGGGAGGCCUUCCGCGGUGGGGAGGCCUUCCGCGGUGGGGAGGCCUUCCGCGGUGGGGAGGCCUUCCGCGGUGGGGAGGCCUUCCGCGGUGGGGAGGCCUUCCUAUGGAGAUGUGGUGUGA